UUCUACGAAGCUUCGGUCGGUAAGACCUGUCGUGACCUGUGGCAUCCGCGUUUCGAAAGCUGUACACAUUACAUUUUGGAUCUUUGGAAGCGCAUCAUGCCCGGGAGUUUCAAACUGUACAUUCCACUGCUUGUGCUCCCACCGCUGGUGAAACAGGACGGGGUCACCCGAUCGUAUCUUAUAAAUCACUUCCUAGAGUAUGUUUAUAUUUCAAUCGCAACGUACGUUCAAGCGGCGCUAUCACUGACCUUCCAAUGUGGCUUCUCCAACUUGUUCGGAUACCUCAACUAUUGGUGCGUAAUGUUUUGGCCCUGCCUUCUCGGUGUGGCGCUCGGGCCGAGGCUUCCUCCACAGCAUCUGCGUCUACAGGGAAUCACCUUCUUCAAUAUGAUGGUCGAGACAAUGAUACGAAAAAGUCGCCCGGCUAUCAUCCAACGCCUCAGAACAUCCAAAUGGUUUGGAACUUUGAGCUUCAUGUCCCUCAGUGCGAUCAUCAUGACCUGGCUACACAGCGGACAUGUGAAACAAUUCUGGCUCAUCAACCCGCCCUCACCACAAGCGGGUGGCAGCAGCGAGGGACAGGGACCGUGCCACCACAAACACGGCUGCAUCCAUCAUCUGCUCGAUGGGAUGCUGAAGUACGCCACAAUCGGACUGAUACUCGAAUCCGUAAGGGCGCUCAUCACCAAAUCAUCACUGUUGAUGAAGAACCGUUCGCUGUUUCUUGGUGAAUUCUUAUCCGCUUGCAACACCAAGCUAGGGCUGUUUCUGGCGUUCUAUGUUGGCAUCUAUAGGGCCACCUGUUGUAUACAGACCCGCCGGCAGUUCCCCGAUAGCCCGAGACUGUCCACCGUUGCCGGAUUCCUAGCUGGCUGUGCGUACUGGCUGUAUCCCAAGUAUCAGGUUUUCACGCUGGCUUUCACCAAAGCGAUUGAGAUAUCCUGGGAGCACUGGAUGAAGACCGGAGAGAACCUUCCACCGAUCGUGAGACGACUGAACCGCUUACCGUUCGUCUUUUUGGCCCAGAUGAUCUCCUUCGGAUACCUUGGACAUAUUUACGCCUUCCACCCGCACCUGUCACCAUCGUUCCAUAUCAAAGCGAUGAACUUUGGCUCUAAGAACCUGACCCUUAACAUGCGACGCACCAUAAUGGCGUGGAUAGUUGGGCAUUCUCCAUAGUAGGCUAUACUGCACAUAUAUAAAUUUUGAAGUUCCGUGAGGAAGAGUUCUCGAAUAAAGAUUUUUUAAUUGUU